AUGACGUUGGCACAACUUAAUGCGAUCUUCUACGAUAAAUACUUUCCUCAGUGUUUCCAGGAUCGGAAAGUUUCUGAAUUCCAAGAACUUAAACAAGGUAGGAUGUCCAUGGCUGAGUAUGAGGCCAAAUUUACUGAAUUGGCUCGAUUUGUUCCACAUAUGGUGGAUCCUGAUUACAAGAGGGCACGAAAAUUUGAAGGCAGACUAGAUUUGGAAGUGUUUGACCGAGAAGGCGUCUUGAAAUUGCUCACCUAUGUGGAAGUUUUAAACAGAGCGAUAAUGGCGAAAGCCACCUUAGCAACAAUGAAACAAGCCAAGGCACCAACAUCAGAAUGGAGAAGCAAAAGAUCUGGGUCUAAUUUUCGAAAGGGUUAUUCUUUCUUCGCGAACAAAAGGCAAAAUACUGGAUCUUCAAGCAGCUCAAGCCAAAGUAGUUAG